AUGGUUUUCAUCUGGACGCAGUUCGGUGUCAAGCACAAAAAUGUCAAUGUCAAGUGCAAAGUGCGGGUUAUGCACAGGGACGACAGCUCGAGUUCUUCUUCAUCGGGGGAGAGCAGCAGGUCCGAGCAAGAGGCACCUUGCCUGUCCAUCAAACCUGUGGGAAAGGACUUCUACAAGGUCCUGGGUGUGGCACCUGACUCCAACGAAGACGAGAUCAAGAGAGCAUACAGGAAGUUGGCUCUGAAGUUCCACCCUGACAAGAAUAGUGAUGCUGAUGCAGAGGACAAGUUCAAGGAGAUUGCAGAAGCCUAUGAGAUCUUAACCGACCCUAAAAAGAGGAGCAUAUAUGACCAGUAUGGAGAAGAAGGCCUGAAAAACGGCAGCGGGAUGUCUAUGGCAGGCCAUAGCAGCACUCACUGCAGUGACGUCAAGGGCGACGCUCGCGCCACCUUCGCCUCGUUCUUUCACGGAUCGGACCACUUCGACAUCUUCUUCGAGCCCGAUUUGGACAGCGAGGAGGACCUCUUCAACCCCUUCAGCAGGUUCGCUUUCAGUCAUGUGGGUGGGUUCUCCCAUCACGAAGGCGGCCUGCGGAGGGGCCGGAGACGGCUGCAGGGCGUGGCUGUGGUGCACGACCUGCUGGUGACCCUGGAGGAGGUGCUACGCGGCUGCACGAAGCACAUCAAGGUGACGCGCAGUCGCCUCAACCUAGACGGCCGAAGCCUGCGGUCCGAGGACAAAGUUCUCAACGUGGUGGUGAAGAAGGGCUGGAAGGCGGGGACCAAGAUCACCUUCCCAAGGGAGGGCGACGAGACGCCGAACAACACCCCCGCGGAUGUUACCUUCGUCCUCAAGGACAAGAAGCACUCCCAGUUUAAGAGAGAGGGCUCCAACAUCGUUUACACGGCCAAGAUCACCCUCAAAGAGGCUCUGUGUGGCUGCACAGUGAACGUCCCCACACUCGACAACCGGAUGAUGCCGCUGCCGUGCAGUGACAUCAUCAAACCUGGUGCUAAGCGGCGGCUGAGGGGCGAGGGUCUACCCUAUCCCAAGAGCCCCUCCCAGCGUGGCGACUUGGUGGUGGAGUUCCAGGUGCUCUUCCCCGACAGGAUCCCACCCCAGUCUCGCGAGAUAAUCAAGCAUAGCCUGGGCAAGUGCUAGCCCGCUCGCUAGUGGCCAGAUUAGCACAGCUUCACUGUGUGUACCCAUUCAAAAACACAGCUUUGCCAGAGGUGCUAAUACCACAACCAAUCAUAACCUCUUACUGUGUUUGGAAAAACGGCAAGCAGCACUGAAGUGACAGAAGAGCUGAGACGAGAGUUAAAGAGAGACUCAAAGAGACUUGAUUUUUCUACUGUCAUGUGCACUUUAGGCAUAACGCUCAUCUACAAUGCCACAGGGGGCAGUAUGCUCUGAACUGACGUAUAGAUCCUGACAUCUUGAGUGUCUUGGGUCCUCCACUGAUUCAAUAACCUUUCUCUUGAAUGAAAAGGUUAGCUGUACUGUUAUACUUGCAAAUCUGUACGUAGAUAUCAGUUUGCAAUUCGAGUCUGUAUAGACUUCAAUAAAGCUGAGUGGUAGAAUUAUGUGAAAACACUUGCUCCUUAAGUUAUAUGGUGUUCAUAUGACUGAUCUUAUGAAUUGAUUUAUUACAAUAACAAAAAAAUGUACUUGUGUACAAACAUGUACUUGCGUACAAAAUGCAUAAAAAUUGUCUCUAAGAGAGAUUUAUCUGUCAAAUGUUCUAUUGAAUCGUUUGAAAUAUUUGCAUAUA